CCACCCACUUUCCACCCCCAUCGUCUCUUAGUGGCCACUAUUCAAGUAGGUGUUUUCACGCUAUUCCACGCGAUGCCCCACUCUCCGAAGCGGAGCUCUGUUCUGGAGCCGAUCAUACUAUGGGUGCGAUCGUCUCCUCAACCAUCCAUGGCGUGAUCGACGACGCACUCGCUCUCCAAGGGACAAAAGCACUCGUUUUUUAAGUUUUGCUCCUACGUUGGGAAUUACUAGCCACGUUCGUUUUCAGAUACGAUCGACCAAGUCAUACACGCUUUCUCUUUCAGCGUAAGCGGAUCUAAAGACGAGAAAGCUAGCACUGCCACCACUUUCAACACCACUCACGUCUCCAAUCCAUUCCCUCUCGCUUCCACUGCAACAGUAAAGCCCGCUCGUCGCGUUUCCACGCCGCUCCGCGUUUUCCGCUCCGCGUUUCAUUUCCUCUCUCCGCAUUCCACUCCGCGCGUCCCCAGCCAUGCGCUCGUCUACCCGUGAUCGCCGCGCUACCUCCGGCUUCGGUGCCUUCGACUGGGAGCUCCCCUCCGCUCCCCCUUCCGCAGCGGCUUCCGCCUCCCAUGCCUCCGCCCGCUUCCCCUCCGCCGCCGGUGGUUCCGCCACGCGCCGAUCCAACGCCUUCUAUUUCUCUAGCUCCUCCGCCGCAAAAUCCGCAACCGCUAGCGCCGGCGGCGGCGGCGGCGGCGGCGGCGCUGCUGGCGCCGGCUUCGGCGGAAGCGGAGGGUGGCUCUUUCCUAGUCUAGUUAGCUUCGGCGGCGGCGGCGGCGGCGGUGGGCGGUCUAGAACGUUCUCCUUGUCUGGUAGAUCUCCUUUUGGAGGGGUAGGGGGUUAUUCUUCUCUCGGCGGUCCGCAGUCCGCGUUUGGCGGGCCUCAGUACCCGUCCUCGUCCCUGUCGUCCGUCUACUCUCUCCUGCUGCCGUGCACGUGCCUGUUCCUGGGGUUCCUUCUCGCGUCGUUCAUUUUCCUGAGCUCUAGAUCGCUGAUUGCCGCACCGGCAUGGGUUGGGAUGCACGGGCAGAAGCAGCAGCUGGGGCAGCACCAGGAGCGGGGGGAGCAGAUACCACUGCAACGGCACCCACAGCAGCAGCAGCAGGAGGAGGGGGAGGGCCAGGAGAAUGUCUUGUUUCCUACUGAUAGUAGCAGUAGUGGAAUUGAUAGUGGUGUUAAUGGUGGUGGGAGUGGGAAUGAUGCAGGGGAGCUGGGCGAGGGCGGCGGGGAACAGAAAACCGAGAAAAGCAGACGUUUUGGCCCGCCGGACUCCGUUAAGGAAGAGAAAACAGACGGGCAGGGGCAGGAAGAGGAAGCGGAAGAGGGAGUGCGAGAGGGAGCGGGAGAGGAUGUGGUAGAGAGCCAGGCGGAAGGGAAGCUAAGGGAGGCUGAAGCGAUGCUGGAGGGUGUGGGGAAGGAGAGGGAGAGACGGGAGGAGGCGCACCUAGACGCGAUAAUGAAGAGGCUGGAAGGUGGGGGAGAGGACGAGGGGGUGGGUGUGUCAGGUGGAAGGAAAAAGGAGAAGAAGAAGAAGAAGGAGAAGAAGAAGAGAGGGGUAGAAGAGGAAGAGGAGGAAGCAGUAGUUUCUUGGAAGGGAGGUGGAAGAGGCGAUGGUGAGAAGGGGCAGGAGGAAGAGGAGAAGAUUGGGGGUGAGGGUGAGAAGAAGGGGAAGGACGAGGAGGAAGAGAGUGGGGAAGAGAGUGAGAAACAGAGUGGGAAAGAGAGUGGGAAAGAGAGUGGGAAAGAGGAAGGCAAGGAGGAGGAGAUUAUUGAAGAGCUUUUGAAGGGGAUUGAGGGAGUUGGUGAGGAGGAGGAGGAGGAAAAGGGAAGCAAGGGCAAGGGCUCAAAGGGUUCAAAGGUCAAUGGAGGUGAAGGGAAGCAUAUAGGGGAUGCUAAGAAAGGCAAGGCUGUAGAGGCGGAGUCACAGGAAGAGGAAGAGGGGAAAGCAGGAGAGGAGGUGGAUGAAGAGGAGGGAAAGGAUACGGAGGAGAAGAAGGAAGGCGAGGAGCAAGGGGGGAAGCUAGAGGGUACAGGUGGAGGGGCGACGUUGAGCGGGGAUGAGAGGGGGAAGGGUGAGGGUGGUGCAGGAGAAGUUGGAGAUGGUGGGGAUUCUGAAAGCACUCAUGGGAAUGGGAGUAACGAGCCAGGCGGUGUGGGGGAAGAAGAAGCUUCGGCUUCCCAAGAGGGGGGAGGAUUAGGGGGUGGCAACAGAAAUGGGAGCACAGGUGGUGACGCAACUGGUGGGAUUUCAGGUAGAGAAUCAGGUGUUUCUUCAGUGGAUGAGCAGGGAGAGGCGACGGCAGGAGAUGGUGGAGAGGGAGGGGGCCAGGGGAGCAGUGAGGAGGAGGGGGGAGUUGAAAGCACGCCUGGGGAGGGGAAAGGUGGUGAAGAACUGGGAGAGGGGGAAAAUGGGGGAGGGGAGGAGGGCGGGGUUAGCCAAGAGGAGGAGCAGAAGGGAGCUCCAGAUAGCAGCAGUGGGGAUGAGGGUGAUGGUGACAAAGAAGCCUCUCUAGGAAAGAGCAGUGAGGGAAUUGAAGGCAGGAAAGGUGGCUCUGCACCUGCUGCUGCCGCACCUGCAGUUGAUGCUGCUGCUGCUGGUGAUGCUGCUGCUGCUGCUUCCCUGCCUGCCCCAGCCAUGGCGUCUGCAGCACCUAGCUCGGUGGACGAACAAGCAGGAGAACAGCACGGUUCAGAGGGGUCUGAGGUUGGGUCCCAGCAGCAUGGGCAGGAAACCCAGCAGGGCGAGAAUCAAGUAGUAGAACAGCAGCAGCAAGGUGCAGGGGAGGAUCCCAGUACCAAAGGCAGUGUUGCGGUUGAGGAGGACAGUGCUCCAGCUGGCACCACUGCUGCUGCUGAGGGCUCUGUUCCUUCUGAAGAACCAGCUAACAGCUCGCUCCACACUGUGGUGGCCUCUGGGAAUGCCAUGCCCGAAGCCUUGGUGUCUGAAGCGCCCUCGCCAGACUCGUCCUCCUCCCAAUCUCAGGACAGCACCAAGAAGGGCAUGUUUUCAUGGCUGGGGUUCUGAUAGGUAUUUCGCCCGUUCUGCUCUAGUUUUCUUGGCGGUUCCCCAACCCCACCCAACCCCCUUGCGUUGUCACAGCGUGAUGUGACUACGGACGGACGGACACCACAAGUACGGCAGCACAGUCUGGUUACGGCAUGUGAAUUGGAUAUGGUUAAGAUUAUCUCGUAGUGAUUUUUUCUUCAUUGUGUGAAGUCAAGGCUGUGGAGAAGGAAGAUCUUCGUCGGCGCAUCCUUUUACACC